UCCAUCUCCCUCCCUUCUCUCCUCUCUCUCUCCCUCCUUCCCUCCCUCUCUAGCACCGUUUCCCUCUCUCCCUCCCUUCAUUUCUUUCUCUCUCCCUUCAUUUCUCUCUCUUGCUCUCCCUGUACUAAGAGGAUGUGGUGCUUCGUGGCUUGUCGUCAGCCGCAGCUGUAGCUCUCUCUCUCUCUCUCUCUCUCUCUCUCUCUCUCUCUAUCCCUCUCUCUCUCUCAUCAUGCUCUCUCCCUCUGUAGCGGGUCGGUAGUGCUCUCCUCUCCGCGGUAUGAGCCUCUCUCUCCCGCACGCGGACUCCACGGCCGCGCUGCUCGCGCCUCCCUCCGCGCCGAGCGGCGACGGAAGCGCGCGCAGGCCGCUCGUGCACCCGCUGCUGCUGGCGGCCAGGCGCGCGGGCAAGACCAAAGCACACGGGCAGCACGGACACGCGCACGGACACGCGCUCCCGUCCGGAAGCCACGAGGACAUACCGGAGCGUCCGCGCGCGCGCGCGCACGAGCUCGACGACGCCGAGAAGGAGCGGAAAGCGUCCAGGCACCCUCAUCAUCAUCACCACCACCAGCAUCAUCAUCACCACCACCACCACCAUCACCACCACCACCGCCGCGCCGCCGCACGCGACGAUGACCUGCCCCCAGAGCCCCACCCCCGCGCGCCCGGCCGGACUCAGUCCUUCUCUGGCGGCUCCACGCGGGACCGGAAGCGGGACCUGCUGCCUACUUCGUCCUCCUCCUCUUCCUCACCGUCCAAGCGCUCCAGCACCGCGUCUUCGGACUGGGACCUGAACCUGCGGCCCAUCCUCAGCUCCGUGUUCGGACAGGACCGAGAACUGAGACCUGAGGAGAUUGAAGAGCUGCGUGAGGCGUUUCGGGAGUUUGAUAAAGAUAAGGACGGCUUCAUCAGCUGUAAGGAUCUGGGGAACUGCAUGAGGACGAUGGGCUACAUGCCCACCGAGAUGGAGCUCAUCGAACUCAGCCAGCAGAUCAACAUGAACCUGGGGGGUCAUGUGGACUUUGAUGACUUUGUGGGUUUGAUGGGUCCGAAACUGCUGGCAGAGACGGCCGACAUGAUCGGAGUGAAGGAGCUCAGAGACGCCUUUAAAGAGUUUGACACAAACGGAGAUGGAGAGAUUAGCACGAGUGAGCUGAGGGAAGCCAUGAGGAAACUGCUGGGACAUCAGGUCGGCCACCGGGACCUGGAGGACAUUCUGAAAGACAUCGACCUGAACGGGGACGGACGUGUAGAUUUUGAGGAGUUUGUGCGGAUGAUGUCUCGAUGAAGGCGCUGAGACUCUACACUGCUCCCUGCUGGCUGGAGGAGACACAGCGAGGCAACGAAAGCAUAACUGAAGAAUUGUCCACAUGCAAAACCUUUUCGCUGGUGCGGAACGAAUAAGACUGCCUGUGAUUGAUCAUUCUGCAAUCACCGAUCAUCUCACUGGACAUUACAUGUGAAAAAAUUGCAUUUCACAGCUUUAGGACGCACCAUUGGAGAAUCUAGAACUACUGUAGAACAACGAGCCUGGGGCUGAGAACUGGAACACGGACGCUUGUAGAGAAAACGCACAUACACACGUACACAUGUGGUACUGUGUGAAAGUUGGAGACCCUUCAUUUAUCUAUUUUUAAAAGAUUAAAAGCUCCAGAGAAAACGAGACUCCUAACAACCACCUGGAAGAGCUGGCAGAGCCCUA